ACAAGAUGCAAAAUAUUCUGAUAAAUGGGUCAAAAAUGUUUUUACUCAAUUUCAGAGGUGGAAGUUGAAAUCAGUACAAAAUAUAAAUACGCACCUUAAUAAAAAACUUAAAACAUAUCAUGGAGCUAGACCUAGAAAUCCUACGGAUAAUUAUUUUGUCAAUAUGGAUAACCAAAGGUGA